UCAAACAUGUUGAGUAAUAUCCAUGCCUCUGUAAAAGACAGUCUUGAGUCUUUCGGACACAAACAUACACACCUCAUGGCUGCCUUCUGUCUCUAUGGUGCAUACACGGUGGGAUCCACUGCUCUCAACUGGUCUUGGAGGUUCUUCAAAACCUUCCUGAGGCCUGGCAAAAACUUGUUCAAGAGAUAUCACGGAGGAUAUAUAGUCAUCACUGGUGGAACUGACGGACUCGGAUUGGGUUACGCCAGAGAGUUCGCAGCCAAAGGCUUCAACUUGGUGUUAAUUGCAAGGAAUCCAGUCAAACUUGCCUCUGUCAAAGUUGAGCUGACUAGAGAGCACGAAGGCAUCGAUGUGAAGGUCAUUGAGUUUGACUUUAACAAACCUUACACGGCUGAGGGGUACAAACCAUUAAAAGAAGAGCUCGAUAAAAUUGAAGACAUCUCUGUUCUUAUCAACAAUGUUGGAACUCUUGAUACAGGAAAUUUUAAUGAUCUAAGCAUUAACAUAAUAAAUAGUAUGAUACAAGUAAAUUGCAUCCCACAAAUUGUCUUAACAAAAUAUCUGUUACCAAGACUGUUACAAAGGUCUAAAGAGCAGAAGAAAAGAACUGCAAUCUUAAAUAUAAGUUCUGCCUCGAACUACAUUCGUUUAGCUGGAUCCUCAAUCUAUGCUUCUACAAAAUCAUUCAACAAAACAUUCUCCGAUGUCAUUGGCAAAGAAUAUGGAAAGUAUAUAGAUGUAAUGGCAGUCAUUCCAGGCCCAACAGUCUCAAACCUUGUAUCAGACAAUGCUCCUCUUGUGAUCCAGCCAGAAGUGCAUGCUCGAUGGGUCUUAAGCGACCUUGGCUAUAACACAGAAACAUUUGGACACUACAAACACUGGAUGUUCACAAACAUAUUUGGGCUUCCUCUCUUGGGCACCCAGUUUGCAAAAAUGAGAAAGAGUUUUGUUAAAUCUCAGAACAAAAAUUAGCAGCCUUAAAACUUCAAAUUCGAA